AUGGACGACACGAAAGAUCGCACAGCAGAUGCUUCUGAAGCACAUUCGACCAAAGAAUCGCUCGACAGCCACCCCAAUUCCAUACCACCACCAAAUCAGCUCGAUGAACCGAACGAUGGAGACGCCAUUGUGUAUCCGACGACAGCCAAGCUCAUCUUGAUUCUCAGCGCUGCGGCACUUUCGAUCUUCCUCGUUGCUCUCGACACAAGCAUUAUCUCAACGGCCAUUCCACAGAUCACGGACGACUUCCACAGCCUGGACGAUGUUGCUUGGUAUGGCAGCGGCUUCUUCAUGACUACGGCUGCAUUCCAGUCGAUGUGGGGCAAAGGAUACAAGUACUUCACUGUCAAGACAGUCUUCUUGCUCGCUGUCUUCAUCUUCGAAGUCGGCAGCCUGAUCUGCGCCGUUGCACCCAACUCUACAGCGCUCAUCAUUGGACGUGCUAUUGCCGGAGUUGGAGGAGCUGGUAUCACUUCAGGCUCGUACAUCAUCGUAGGGCUGGCCGCUCCUCCAGCACGCACGCCGGCUCUUCUUGGCGUCAUUGGUGCCAGCUUCGCCAUCGCCAGUGUCAUUGGCCCAUUGCUUGGGGGUGCCUUCACGGAGAACGUAUCAUGGCGCUGGUGCUUUUACAUAAACCUCCCCAUUGGCGGCGUCGCUGCAGCCGUCAUCUUGUUCUUCUACACGAAUCCAGCACACGCCAAACCCGUCCGCGCUACAUGGAAAGAGAAAGUCUUACAGAUGGACAUCGGAGGCACCAUUCUUCUCCUAGGAGCCGUCAUCUGCUUCCUCCUGGCCUUGCAGUGGGGCGGCGUCUCGAAAGCAUGGUCAUCCAGCGAUGUGAUCGGGACCCUCGUCGGUGCUGCUGUGAUUUUCACCGCUUUUGUCGUCGUGGAGAUCUACCUAGGUGACCGUGCAGCAGUGAACACACGUCUGUUGAAGGGCAAGACCAUGGCUAUCAUGAUGGCUUUCAACUUCAUUCUGUCAGGAUGUUUCUUUGUCCUGCUUUACUACCUACCCAUCUACUUCCAGGUCGUUUCGGGAGUCGAUGCGGCGCAAUCUGGCAUUCGAAGCAUUCCACUGGUCGCCGGAGCCUCCAUUUUCGCCAUGGUGGCUGGCUUCAUCAUGACAGCAACCGGGGAGUUUCAGCUGGUCAGCCUGGUUGGUACCGUGCUUGUCACCAUUGCCAGUGGCCUAAUCUACACACUUGCAGUCGGGAGCGGCAGCGGAGAAUGGAUCGGAUACCAGGUGAUGGUUGGCAUCGGUCUCGGUUUGUGCAUGCAGACGGCCGUCAUUGUUGCACAGGCCAUUGUCGACCCAGCCGACCUAAGCACCGCCUCCGCAAUGGCUCUCUUCUUUCAGCUCCUUGGAGGUGCAAUUUGGUUAUCCGUCGGCCAGUCGAUUUUUACGAACAAGCUGAUUUUGGACUUGAGGCAAGCCCCUUCGAUCGAUGCUGCGGCAGUCGUUGCUGCAGGUGCGACUGAGCUACGAAGAAUCCUCUCUGGGGAUGAUCUGAGCUAUGCAAUUGAAAGCUACAUGGCGGGUCUCAAGAAUGCGUAUGCUAUUGGCAUUGCACUCGGAGGAGUAACGUUUGUUUUGGUGCUGUCUUCGAUUGUUUUCGAUCGCAGGAAAUUGCCGAAGGGCAGUGCGGCGGCUGCGGCGGCUUGA